AUGCAAGUUUGGUCCGCUACAGGGCGUCGAAAGCGAGCGGUAGCUCAAGUUCGAAUUUGCUCACCUGGGACAGGAACAAUUAAAGUAAAUCAAGUGGAUGCAGAACAGUACUUACAGGGUGCAUAUGCAAAUAUUUUAAAACCAUUUGAAAAACUUCAAUUAGAUGCAACUUACGAUAUUUUUAUUCGUACAGAAGGUGGGGGGUUAACCGGUCAGUCAGACGCAAUCCGUCUUGGUUGUGCUCGUGCCCUUUGUAUGAUGAACUCAGAGUACCGUACUCCACUUAAGAGUGCUGGUUUCCUUACUCGUAUUGCGCUUAAGAAAGAGCGUAAGAAGUAUGGUUUAAAGAAAGCUCGUAAGGCACCACAGUUCUCAAAGCGUUAA